CCACUCUUUCUUCUUCAUCUAAAAUCACAAAAAUGUCCAGACUCGCCCCUAGACUCGCCACAGCUGCCUGCGCUGUCCGACAGCCCGCUGCCACUCGUGCUAUUGCUGCCGCGUUUGCCGCUCCGUUGACCAAACAGAUUAGGGGGUACCGAUCCCAACCUAUGAGGGAUGUCAUGACCGGCGAGAUCAUCCAGUUGCCCGACAUCGACCCCUCAACUGUAAAGGUCGACUUGACGACCCACGCCAAAUCACGUCUCCCCAACUCUAAACUCGUUUUCGGCCACACCUUCACCGACCACAUGCUCACCAUUCCUUGGUCUAGCAGGAGUGGAUGGGGAACCCCUCAUAUCAAGCCUUACGGUCCACUGGAGCUCGACCCUUCAUCGACCGUUUUCCAUUACGCAUUCACAUUGUUCGAGGGUAUGAAGGCCUACAGGCAGGAGGACGGUACUAUUAGAUUGUUCAGGCCCGACAUGAACAUGGCGAGGAUGAACAGGAGUGCCGCUCGUAUUGCUCUCCCCCAUUUCGAUAGCAAGGCUCUCAUCGAACUUAUCAAGAAGCUCGUUAUCCUCGACUCUGAAUGGAUCCCCAAGGAGAAGGGUUACUCAUUGUACAUCCGACCUACAUUGAUCGGUACCCAAAACGCUCUCGGUGUCGGACCUUCCAGUGAUGCUUUAUUGUUUGUCAUCUGCUCUCCCGUGGGCCCUUACUACGCCUCUGGAUUCAAGCCCGUCCAACUUUUGGCUACGACCAAGUUUGUCCGUGCCGCUCCCGGUGGUACAGGUGGUUACAAGCUCGGUGCCAACUACGCCCCCGGUGUCGUCCCUCAAGCUGAGGCAGCGAAAGAAGGCUACAGUCAAAACCUUUGGUUGCUUGGUCCCGAGCACGCUUUGACGGAGGUCGGUACUAUGAACUUGUUCGUUGCUCUCAAGAAAGCCGAUGGCUCCGUUGAGCUCGUUACCCCUCCUUUGGACGACGUCGUCCUCCCCGGUGUCACGCGAGACUCCGCUCUCCAACUCGCACGAGAACACGCUUCCGGCAAGACGCCUAUCCCCGGCCUUCCCGAAAAACUUGUUGUCUCUGAGCGAAAGCUCGUGAUGGCGGACCUCGUCGAGGCCGAGAAGAAUGGUACAUUGGUCGAGGUCUUUGGUACCGGUACGGCCGCCAUCGUCUCUGCCGUUGACAAGAUUGGUUAUGAGGGGCGUGAUAUUAUCAUCCCCACCGGCCCUGAGGGUUUGGGUAACAUCGCCAAGGGUAUCUUGGACAGGAUCACGGCUAUCCAGACCGGUGAGAUUGAGCAUCCCUGGAGUGUGAUUGCGAACGACGUGUCAAGCUCCAAUUUCUAGACGUUUUCUUUUCGUUUUUUAUAUAUAGGAAAACUGGAGUAAGGUGGGGUAUUAUUUGACUUUUUGGGACAUAUACUUGUGCUAGGCUACGAGAGUUGGUUGUAGAGAAAUAUGCAUUGGUAUAUCCAUUUAG